AUGGCGGACUCUGGACGUGGUGGCCGAGGCGGCGGCCGUGGCGGCUUUAGAGGAGACCGCGGCGGCCGUGGCGGCGGUUCCGGAGGAGAUCGUGGUGGACGUGGCCGAGGUGGACGUGGCCGAGGUGGACGUGGAGGCGGCGACUUCCAACCCCGAGGAGGUGGCGAUGGCGGCGGCGGCUUCCGUGGUGACCGAGGCGGCGGCCGUGGCGGCGGUCCUGGAGGAGAUCGUGGUGGCCGUGGCGGUGGUUACAGAGGUGAUCGGGGAGGACGAGGUGGUUUCGAACGCGGUGGACGAGGCGGCGGCGGCUUCAGGGGCGGACGAGGCGGUUCCGUCCCAUUUGAGAACGAAGGUCGCUUCUUCGGUGAGAAUAAGCCGAUUCCCCAACCCGAUAGCAGCACAGCAGAGCUCGAGAAUCGCAUCGUCAAAUCUCACCAGGCUAAGGACACCGACCUCGUGAAGAAGAUGAGCUCGAUGAAAAUCAUUGACGCAACAUCGGCUGCGCUCAUGCCCCGUCGCCCUGCCUACGGCACCAAAGGCAAGAAGGUCCUUCUCUGGGCCAACUACUUUCGCCUCACCGUCAACCCUGACAUCGUCUGGCGAUACAAUCUCGAGGUCCGCAAGGGCGAAUCCAAAGACAAAGAGCCUUCGAAGGAGAAGGAGCCUUCGCCCAAAGGCAAGGGCAAGGAGAAAGCCCAACCUAGCGGCGGUGGCAGCGGCGGCGGUGGCGCUCCAGCUUCCAUCCCUGCUCGCAAGCUGAAGAUCAUUCUACAGCAUGCUCUCGAAGAGCUGAGGAACCUCGAGCCAGGUGCUAUUCUCGCGACCGAGUUCAAAAGCCAGCUCGUCUCGCUCAAGAAGCUCAAGUUGGCUGUCAACCCUAUCCAGGUCAUCUUCACGCAGGAGAACUCUGGCAGAUCGGAGAGCUACUUGGUCAAGAUCGUUGGCGAGACAGAAGCUCCAUUGGGGGAGAUGAAGGAGUAUCUCAGGACCAUGAUCGACAAGAGCGACCCGGAUGAAACCAACUUUCCUAGGUUUGCAACCUCUGUUGAUGCCCUUGGCAUUAUUCUUGGCUACACUCCUCGAAGGAAUGACCAGGUCACUGCUAUUGGAAAUGGCCGGUUCUUUCCUUGGGGUCCAGGAUCUGAAAGCCAACAACUUGGUUGGCAGGAUCCACUCACGGCUAUCCGGGGUUACUUUCAGAGUGUAAGACUUGGAACCGGCGCUUUACUUCUGAACAUCAACGUAACCCAUGGUGUCUUUAAGACUCCUGUCAAUUUGAAGGACCUUUGUGGUGGGUUCGGGGUCAAUGUCUUUGACAGGAGUCCUGCGGAAGCCCAAAGAGUGGUCAGCAGACUGCGAACCCUCUCCAAGUUCUUGGCUCGCACUCGUGUAGAGGUUAGGUUCAAGGAUGCCACAGGAAAAGAAAUCACGAGCAAGAAAACGAUCCUUGGCCUCGCAUACGUGGGAGACAUCAGAGACAAGCAGGAUGUCAAGUUUGCGAAGGAUUUCCACUACGGUGGUCCUCGCCAGGUCUCCUUCAGGAUGGCGGCAGCAGAAGGACAAAAGACUGUGAUGAACAACAAGCCGCCCGGCAUGUACACUGUCGAGCAAUAUUGGACAUGGAAGUACGGCAAAGCUCCCGACCUGACCAUGCCUCUUGUCAACCUUGGAACACGAGACAAGCCUACGUUCUUCCCCGCUGAGCAGUGUACCAUCAUUGCGGGCCAAGCCGUGCGUUCGAAGCUCAACGGCGAGGAGACGACGGCAAUGCUCAAUUUUGCUUGUCGAUCUCCCUUUCGCAACGCUAUUUCCCUCACAGUUGACAGUUGCCAAGCUUUAGGCCUCGACAGCGAGCUUGUCAAGGACUUUGGUCUCAAAGUCGACAAGAAUCUCUUAACGGUCAAUGGUCGCGAGCUGAUGGCGCCUUCCAUAGCUUACAAGAACAAGAACAUCACCACUCAGGCAGGCUCAUGGAAUAUGGUUGACGUCAAGUUUGCCAAGGUUGGACCCAAAAUCGAGAAGUGGACCUGGGUUCGCAUCAUGGACCGCUAUUCCAAGACCCCGACGGGCGAUGUAGCCCAAAUCGUCGGCAACUUUGCUCAAUUUCUCGGUACUAGCGGCAUUGGAAUGAAUCCGACACCUCUUCCGCUUCCAUUGGAAGAACGCGAAAUCAACGACAACUACGCUGCAAUCGAGUAUCGUUUUAAUUAUAUCAGCGAACGUCUCAAGGGUAACACCAAGAACGUCUUCUUGCUUGUCGUCCUUCCUAAGCAAGAUACCGGGAUAUAUAGCGCCGUCAAGAAACUUGCAGACACGGUGUAUGGCUUCCACACUGUAUGCGUUGUGGAGAAAACCUUCAUGAGGGACAACAAGCAGACCUACGCCAACGUUGGACUGAAGUGGAACUUAAAGAAUGGCGGUGUCAACCAUAUCGUCAGGGACCCUAUUGAUAUUAUCAACCUGGGAAAGACCAUGAUCGUUGGCUACGAUGUCACCCAUCCGACAAAUAUGCCAAACGACAAGAACGCUGCACCGAGUCUGGUCGGGUUGGUUGCCAGCGUUGACAAGGACAUGGGUCAGUGGCCGGGUGUUGCUUGGGAACAGACCAGUCGCCAGGAGAUGCUUGGUGACGAGUUGAUCACGCAUUUCAAGCGUCGCCUCGAGCUUUGGAGAUCACGUAACACUGGUAACCUCCCGGAUUACAUCGUCAUCUACCGUGAUGGUGUAUCCGAGGGUCAGUUUACGCAAGUUCUCGAUGUUGAGCUGCCUAUGAUUCGCCAGGCAUGCGCUGCGAUGUACUCGGGUAACCGCAGGCCUAAGAUAUCAAUCAUCGUCUCUGUCAAGCGCCACCAGACUCGCUUCUACCCGACCUCAGAAGCUACCAUGGAUGAGAGGUCGCGCAAUAUUCGGAACGGCACGGUCGUUGAUCGUGGAGUCACCCAAGCGCGUUACUGGGACUUCUUCCUAACGGCCCAUACCGCCCUGAAGGGAACCGCCCGUCCGGCGCAUUACACGGUGCUCUUGGAUGAGAUUUUCCGCGACAAGUAUGGUGUCGGUGACAGGGCGGCGGACAACCUGGAGAAGCUCACCCAUGACCUCUGCUACUCGUUCGGCCGAGCGACGAAGGCUGUCAGCAUCUGCCCGCCAGCAUACUACGCCGACAUUCUGUGCGAGCGAGCCCGUGUCCACCGCCCCGAGCACUUUGAUGCGCCGGACUCAUCGGAUACUGGCAGCGUUGCUGCUGGCCCUUCAACUACAGGCCUUAGCGUGCAUGAGAACCUAAGGGACACAAUGUACUACAUCUAA